UGAAAUGGACGGGCAAUAUAUCACACUGGGCUUCGAAAGGGAGCGUCCCUCCGCCCGCCGAUCGUCCACCAAGCGCGCGGUCCUGCUGUUCCUCCUGGUGGGCAGCCUGCUGAUCACCCUCUUCGCCUACUGGGAUGUGCUGAUGAUCACCGCCAGUGCUGUGCCAUUGGCCAGGGGCAUCGAUUCCAUUGAUCAGACGGCGCUGGGCAAUGAGACCCUCGCCGAGAAGCUCCAUCGGGAGGUGAGGAUCCUGUGCUGGGUCCUCACCACCCCGAAGUACCACAAAGCCCGAGCCGUCCACGUUCUGCGCACCUGGGGAAGGCGCUGCAACAAGAUCUACUUCAUGACCUCCGAGCCGGACGACGAGCUGCCCACCGUGGUGCUGACCAAGCCGGACGAGUACGAGGUGCUCUGGGGCAAGACCAAGGAGGCCUUCACCUACAUCCACGAGCAUUUCGCCGACGAGGCCGACUGGUUCAUAAAGGCGGACGACGACACAUAUGUCUUCCUGGAAAACCUGCGCUACAUGCUCUACCCCUACUCACCGAGCACCCCAAUUUACUUUGGAUUCAAUUACAAGCUGAUUGGCUCGCAACUGAAGAAUGCGUCGUACAUGUCCGGAGGCAGUGGCUACGUGCUCAGCCGCGAAGCCUUAAGGAUCUUCGCCGAGGGCCACAACGACUCCACCAAAUGCCGCCAGGAGGACAACAGCGCCGAGGACUUGGAGAUGGGCAAGUGCCUGUUCAAUCUCGGCGUGAAGGCAGGGGAUUCCCGGGACGGGCAGUUCCGCAAUCGCUUCUACCCGGUGGGUCCCUUCGAAUCCCUGCUCUCCGGCUACACCGGCAUGGACUUCUGGCUGUACAAAUACGCCUUCUACCAGCCGCGAUCGUGCAUGGACUGCCUGUCGGAGUACCCGGUGUCCUUCCACUAUGUGAGCAACGAGGAGCUGUACGUGUUCGAGUACUUCAACUACCAGUUCCAGCUCUCCGGACAACGGCCAAUGGUGGAGCGACUGCCGGAGAGGAUCAGGGAGGAGGACCUGGUCAUCCCCGAGAGCGACAAUACGGUGACCUAGGCUGAUGCCCAGGCCCUGUCCGCUCGGCCAACAAAACAAUCUCUACGUUUUUUUUCAUCUCUGCCUUAAUGUUUUUUUUUUUGUAUCAUGCUUAUCGUAUAUUUAAUAUAUUAUGGGUAUAAGGCGGACGUGCCAAGGCUGCCAGAUGCUGUCCUUUUGCGACUCCUCGUCCUUGCCCGAUCCACGUCCUAGUUUAUCUAUUCAUGUAUUUAUUAUUGAGCAGCUCGUGGCAGACGGGCCACACAAAAGCGGCCAAAAGGACAAUGGUGGACCGCAGGGUGGACCUUAAAUCG